AGCGUGAACUGACGUUGACUUUGGAUCAAAACAAACGAUUUUACACUAAUGAACGACGUUGGGAAAGAUUAGUCUGACACGCAUAUUGUGCGAAAAACCUAAUUAAUAUACUAUCCCUCAUGUCUCGCUAAUCACGACGGUUCAAUGCUGGUACGUUUCUUCCUCGCGUUACCAGGCGGGUGGAUUAUUAGAGGAAACCAAUAAAACGUGUGCUGGGAUGGAAGUUAAUUUAGUUUUAUUUAUUGUAGGGUUAUACAGUUAACUCAUUACGCAUUUGACUUGCUAUUUCGGGUUACGAGUCUUACGACGUUAUUAAAAAUCCAUGUCCAACUUCUUCUCUUCGCUCUAUAUAAGUACAGUGAAGUCCUAGCAGCAACAAGGUGGUUCAUUUGAUUGCGACCCUCGCAGAUGAAACAUCUAUGGCAGUUCUUAUCAAUUUUAUUCGCACAUUUGAUACGUAGCACUGAUGCCAUGUUAUAUCAGAUUAUUAUGAGGCAUGGCAGCGAAAACUCGAACAGUUCGGUAUAAUAUUUCAUUAUAGGUGAGAAUUCGCAGAUUUGUUUGUACUGUACAUCUCUGCAUAUAUAUAUAUAAAUAAGUUUAGUUUUAUAACAUACUACACAGACAUUCUACAACUAUAUAUUGUACCAUCAUAUAAUUUACUAUUCACAGUAUUUGGUUAUUCAUUCAUAUAGUAAAUUGCGAAGAGGAAUAAAGAUUAUUAAGAAAGAAUUUUGAGAUAUAAUAGAAAAAUGCCUUCAGCCAUUACCCGCACCAGCGAUGUUAGCUAUCUGGCUUUCGGUGACGUAACUGAGUUGGACAAACGGUUAAACGAACUGACUGCAAAGUAUGUUCCUAAACAUCGACGAAUUAGUUCCGAAUAUGGUUAUCAUUACGAAUCGCUUUCAGAAGACAUGCAAGAAAAGUGUUCGAGGGUCAGAAUAAUGCAGGAGGAUUCAUGCGAUUCCGAAGUGAAAGAUAAUCGGGUUCGAAAGGAUGUAAUCACUAGUGAUUAUACGGACACAACAGCGCUAAUUAAAGAACGGCGAAGAAAACUGAAGAAUGGGAUGUCCAGCCGCGAGCAGAUUGAAGAAUUAUCACAAAAAAUUUCAGACUUAUCCAACUUACAAAAAAAUAUUAAUGAAAUAUCAAGGAAACAUAAAAAAGCACUUUAUUCUCUCGGUGACGCAGAACUGGAACGCAGGCUGGAAAAACUUUUGGAAAGAAAUAAUUUGCCAAAAAGUGAAUCUCCGAAUAAAUAUCAUUCAAUUAAUGGUUCCACACUCCCGAAGAAAACUUCAGAAAGCAAUUUUGACAAGGCACAUUCGAAAAAAAUUUCUUUGGAAUUUGCCGCUUCAAAGUUGAGAAAUAUCAAAUCAGAUGACAGCAAUAAUUUACAGCGUGAGUCAGAUGAGUGGCUGUCUAAGCACAGUACACAUAUCACUAACUUCGUAAAUGUGUUCUUUUUCUCUUUGGAAAAAACUAUUCUUCGACAACAUUUCAAGUUCGUCCAACAAUUCAGAAACGUCGUAAAUCGGAAAGAGUUGAAUGUUCUUUAAUCACUGUUUCAGAUAUUUCAAAUGACAUUUUUUAAUUUUAUAUACUUUACUUUCGACUUCAUUUCAAUUUCAAGUACUUCGUAGUUCCAAUUCUGAUUUUUAAACUGCAAAACGUUGUUAUGUCCAAAUAUAAAAGAUGAAUAUGCUCUGUUACCCGA